GAUCUCUGCCAAUUCACUCUCCGUUCAUUCAACUCAUUCAUUUCAUUAGUUAUUCAACUUCGUGAGAGUGUACUAUCGAUUUUCUGCAUACAAUUUAAUAAUUUGACGUUUAACCUCAAAAUGUCUUGGAAUUAUUAUCCGAAGAAUUUUAAAGCGAACGGUUGGGGUUGGCACAGAGGAGGGACAGCUGCAACCGCUGUACGUGGUUUCUUGAAGAGAGAAAGAGAUGGAGAAGGGAGUUCUGAGCCGUUGGUCGGUAACGGGGGACUUUACCCUAGUCUGCCAGCAGAAGAUGAUACCAUGUUCCGAACUGGAGGUAGACUGUAUCCUUCUUUGCCCGCUGAGGAGUACGAGAGUGGUGCUGUUGAGGAGGUGAUUGAGGAAGCUUGUGCAUCUGUCAAUGUUAAUAUGGUGCUCGGUGAGACCCGUCCAUCAUCAUUCGGACCAGCCACCUACCAGGACUUCAAGGACAUUCGUUCUCGCUGCCUAGCUGAAGGUAGAUUGUUCGAAGACCCGGAGUUUCCAGCGGUAGACCGCAGUCUGUACUACAAGGAGCGCCUUGAUAGACCCAUAACAUGGCUUCGACCAAGCGAGAUAUGCGAAGACCCGCAACUCUUCGUCGAAGGGUACAGUCGUUUCGAUGUGCAACAAGGCGAGCUGGGCGAUUGUUGGUUGUUGGCCGCGGUUGCCAACCUCACGCUGCAUAGGAAAUUGUUCUUCCAAGUGGUGCCAGAUGAUCAGAGCUUCGAUGAAGAUUAUGCCGGCGUCUUUCAUUUCCGUUUCUGGCAGUACGGCCGCUGGGUGGACGUGGUGGUGGACGACCGGCUGCCCACGUACCGCGGCAAGCUGGUCUUCCUCCACUCCUCGGAGAGGAACGAGUUCUGGAGCGCGCUGCUGGAGAAAGCCUACGCUAAACUCCACGGAUCAUAUGAAGCGUUAAAGGGCGGUUCCACUUGCGAGGCAAUGGAGGACUUCACCGGCGGAGUUACUGAGAUGUACGAUGUAGCGGAACUGCCCCCUAACUUCUAUACUAUACUACUAAAGGCGUAUGAAAGAAACUCUCUGAUGGGAUGCAGUAUUGAGCCGGACCCUAACAUCCUGGAGGCGGAGACCCCGGCGGGUCUGAUCCGGGGCCACGCGUACUCCGUCACCCGCGUCAAGUACGUGGACAUCGAGACUCCGGGCCGCGCCGGCAAGAUCCCCCUGCUGCGCCUCCGCAACCCCUGGGGCAACGAGGCCGAGUGGAACGGACCCUGGAGCGACAAGUCACCAGAAUGGCGUUUUAUUCCCGAGUCUGAGAAGGAAGAACUCGGUCUGACGUUUGAUGACGACGGAGAGUUCUGGAUGUCCUUCAAGGACUUUGUUAAUCAUUUCUCAAGGGUGGAGAUCUGCAACUUAAACCCUGACUCCCUGGACCCUGAGGAGUGUCCUGAAGGAUGCACCAAGAAGUGGGAGAUGUCCGUCUUCGAGGGAGAGUGGGUCAGAGGUGUAACUGCGGGCGGUUGUAGGAAUUAUUUGGAGAGUUUCUGGAAGAAUCCUCAGUACACUGUUACAUUGAAAGACGUGGAUGAAGGCGAUGAUGAGAACAAAUGUACUAUAAUAGUGGCGCUGAUGCAGAAGAACAGGCGUUCUCAGCGUCACCAGGGUCUGGAGUGCCUCACGGUGGGGUUCGCGGUGUACCGCUUGCCGGACUACGGACACGUGCCCAAGCCACUGGACGUCAACUUCUUCAAAUACAACGCCUCAGUCGGCAGAUCGCAGGCUUUUAUUAACCUAAGAGAAGUUAGCGCGAGGUUCAAAUUCGAGCCUGGUUCGUACGUGAUCGUGCCCUCCACCUUCGAGCCUGAUGAAGAAGGGGAGUUCCUGCUGCGAGUCUUCUCUGAAAAGGAUAACAAUAUGACUGAGAACGACGAAGAUGUGGGAAUGGGCGAUGUUGAUGACAGGGUGAAGGAAAUAGCCCCGAACCCGGAGCCCGCGGACCCAGUGCGGGACUUCUUCAAUCGGCUCGCGGGAGAAGAUGGAGAAGUAGAUUGGCAGGAGUUGAAAGAGAUAUUGGAUUACGCUAUGAGAGAAGAGCUGAAAGGUCAAGGGUUCUCCAAAGAGGUGUGUCGCAGUAUGAUCGCGAUGUUGGACAAAGAUAACUCUGGCGGAUUAGGUUUUGACGAAUUCAAAACUUUAUGGAUUGAUUUACGUAACUGGAGGGCUGUAUUCCGUUUAUAUGACACGGAGGGUCGUGGGGCGAUCCCCGCACACAGUCUGCGGGACGCGCUGCACUCGGCGGGAUACACUGUUAAUGCACAUGUACUGAAUGUACUCGCACACAGAUACGGUUCCAGUGACGGCUACAUUCAGUUCGAUGACUUCAUUAUGUGCUCUGUGCGACUCAAGACUAUGAUCGAUACCUUUAAAGGGAGAUCUUCAGGAGGAGAAUAUGCAACAUUCUCUCUGGAAGAAUGGCUGAAUCGCACAGUCUACUCAUAGAAAACAUCGCUAAAAUGCCUUAUUACUAUAUAAAUAUGGUCCUAAUUUAAGCGCACUAUAACCGGCCAAUAUAGAUUAUAUAAAAAAAUAUAUUUUUAAAAUCAAUAAACAGAAAGAAGAAAAAAAUAUAUUGAUAUCCAAUUUUGAAAUUAUGUAAUAGCAAAUGUAGUCACAAAUUAUUUAUUUAACUAUACGGGUAUAGUGUUGAAUUUAUAAUCUAUUAAAAUAUAAUUGAAUCGCUUUAAUUAUCAAAUGUUUUGUAAACUACGAUAUAAUUGUAACUAUUUAAAUUCUAUCCACCGACUUUUCAUUCCAAUAGCUUCUUUAAUAUUCACAAAAACCGGGAAAACACAACUAAACUUUUGACAGCUUUAAAUGACGUUUACGCCGCCAUUUUGUGACAUCAGUGUUAUAUUUAGCCAUGGCAUGGGUAAGAAUUAAAAAUCAAUGAUCUACAGAUCAAAGCACUCAGUAAACCGGCUCACAGACUCAAUUUGAACUUGUAUUGAGUUAUGAUUUGCAUUUCAAGUUGCAAUAUGUGCUGUAAGUAUAACAAAUCACUGAGCCAUAGCUCAAUGAUUCAUGUUUUGUAUUGAGCCGAUUCAGAGUAAACACAUGUUUAGUCAGUGUUGUCCCAUCAUUAGCAUCUUUUAGUUACUGUGCGAUUACAAACAGCAUUAUUUUUGUAUCACAAGCUCUUUGUAACAUUUGUCAACAGACAAUGCAUUUUUAUUCAGCAAUUUUUAAUAUAUGUAUGACAAUUUAUAUUUUGUAUUCAAAUAUGAGAUCUGAAUUAAAUGUUUUUUCAUUUAUUAA